AUGAAGCAACAAAGGGAGGAAGAGGAAGAACAGGCCUUGAGCUUCAGGUCGAAAGGAUUGGCCCGUGGGGCGCCGGUCGUUGCGUCUUGCGCCUCGAUUGGCCCGCGUGGUGCGCCGGUCGUUGCGUCUCGUGCGCCUCGGCGGAUGUCGCGUCGUACCAGUCAAGAUCGGCAUCGUUGUAGAAGAAGCGCCGUGGAAGAAAUGCUGAAGACGGCCCUUCAAGGUCAAGUCAACGUCCCAUGGCCAGAUCUCCACAUCUUCGCUGACAUCAGGUCGCGCAUGCUCCGCCGCAUGGCCUUUGCAAGCUGA